CAUUUGUGUAGACAAGGCCGUGAAGCGGUACAAGUCACCUAUGCGCUAGAUGUACUUUCGGUCACCCCAUUGGUAGAUGAGGUUGCAGAAACGUCUCCCGAAUCAUAUACAUCCCACAUUCAAGGUCGCAUACAUCUACGCUUGGCCAAUGUCGGACGACAUUCGCCAACUCCUGCCACGGUGAUUACCGUGUUCAAUCGGAAACAGCGCAAAUUUAUGAUCAGCCCAGAUGAUCAGAGUGGUAGUUUCGGAUUUGCUGGAGGGGCACUCUCCAGUGCAUUUCUUCCCGAUACCGGUCCAGUUCAAGGAGCUCUUGUGAACGCAGAUGUCAACUCAAGCUGUCGACUAGUCCGAGCUCGUCCACUAACGGAAGUGAGUCCGGAACUGCGUGAAAUGCUCCGCAUCGCACAAACUGAACGCCAAGCGACCGAGGUGGCCUCGGACAAGCUGACAUCAAAUUCGUCGAGGCAGAGAAAAUUGUCCCGUUUAUAUACAGCACUUCAGGCUGUUAAUCGGAAUUUUUUCGUAAACGAUCUUGUGGGUUAUACAACACUUUCCGGUGUCAAGGUUUGCGGCACAGACAAAGCACUGGAAUUACGCACCAUCUGUAACUAUCGUGAGCAGAAGAAACGGGAACAGAUUGAACGCAUGCUCAGUCGGGCACAGACAGUGGAACAUUGUUUGGAGACCAGUUUCGGGUGUACGGAAUUCUUUGAAUAUAAACUGACAAACCCACACAAUCAAGAGGACACAGUGCGGAUCGAUAUUGAGGACAGUGAAAACAACACGGUAGUAAUCACGGAUCCUCGGGAAACAAAAACCUUCAAGGCAGCUUUGGGCAUAACCACGCCGACAGAGGAUGAUCUAUUCACCGCUGAUCUCUCCGCAUCUCAGAACACCGGACCACAAGAUGAGCGAAAAUCACGUCUCGUGAUCUUUCUUCGACCGAAAGAGUCCGUACUAAUUCCAAUAAAUUAUCUGAAAAAAUUGAUCCGAUUGCCACCACUUGUCCUUCGAAAUGUGCAUCCAUCAUGUGCGGGGGCUUCUGACUUCGCGAAUCCCUGUCAAUUAACACAUGCAAAUGUGAGCAACCGUGUUUGGACUCGUGUGUCCGAUCCCGGUAUUUUGACCGAGUCUGGGAGUAUCAAUCUAGGACAGCCCACAGAUCUCCUAGUGAAAGUUGGUCUUGGAAACUGUCCCGAGGUCCGAGAAUUCUUGAUUGCAGUUUAUCUGGAUCCUUUCCAAAUCCGACCGGCCUACGUGUGGCAAUGGACCGUACAUGCGUUACAUCGCAUCGACUUGGCAGCCACCUUAGGUCAAAUUUCUCCUCCUACCGGAGUUUUAUUACGUACAGAAGGCAUACUACCUGCUGGAAGUUCAAGACGAGUUGCUAUCUAUACCAGUAGGCCACAGGAGGUAAUUCUCGGCACGGAAUGCGAAGCAGGAAUGAAUUCAGUAGUCGAUCAGGUUGCUGGUCUGAGUUUUCUUCUAUCGCCCGGUGCUGUGUACGAGUUAAAAGUGAGUCAAUUCGAACUGAGUUGCCCGCAAACCUCUCAGAAAUGUUAG